AGAAAAAGUUACGCUUUUCAUAUUAGUAGUAAAGAGUCGAUUCAGGUUAACGUACAGCAUGAGGGCUGACGUGGAGAAGAUAGUUUCCUUGUCCAACGAUGAGAACAUCAGCGAACUGGAGAAGUAUUUGUCUUCACUGACGGAUGAAAAGUUGAUUACGAUGGUGACUACCAGCGCGCUGAAAGGAAAAGACAUAGCAGCAGUGAUCAAAGGCAUUUUCAAAGGUUCACCGCCAACUGCUGCUCAAGGGGCUACCCGCAGGCUGCUAAUCUACCAACACUGCAUCCCCCUGUGUGAGUCGGGAGAUCUCCAGACGGAGGUCGCAGCUGACAUCAUCGGACUGCUCAUGUUGGAGACCCACAGCCUUCCUGGACCUUCUCUGGUUGACCUGGGAUCGCUGUUUGUGGAUGCCAUCAAGGCAGGCAAGAUGGGCAGUGGCAAAUCCCUGGAGCUGUUCCCCACCGUGCUUACAGCUUUGGCUGCCACCGACACUGUGUCCUACGGCAAAGGGGAGCUGAAUGGUGAAGAGUACAAGAAGCAGCUCAUCAAUAGUCUCUGCUCAAGCAGAUGGGACCCUCAGUGUGUGAUCCACCUAACUACCAUGUUCAGGGAUGUUCCGCUCGCUCCAGAGGAACUACAGUUCCUGGUGGAGAAGGUGCUGAGGAUGUUUCUCAAGCUGGACCUGCAGGAGAUCCCCCCUCUGGUCUACCAACUCCUGCUGCUGGCAGGCAAGGGCUGUCAGAAGACGGUCAUGGAAGGAAUCAUCAGCUACUUUAAAGAGCAAGAUCUUUGUCAGAAAGAGGAGCAGAAAGAAGGAGAGGGCAUGGAGGUGGAGGCUCAGUCCAUCCCUCAGGACCAGCUGAGGCACGUGGAGGGCACCGUCAUCCUCCACAUUGUUUUUGCCAUGCGGCUGGACCAUGAACUGGGCAGAGAGUUCCUCAAAGGCCUUAAGACACAUCACGGGGAGCUGUGUCCUUUCAGCAUCGCUCUGCUACUCUCCGUGGCUCGCAUCCAGCGCUACGAGGAGCAGGUGUUUGACCUCCUGAAGGCUGCCAUCACCAGGGGCUUCAGAGACGAGCAGGUCCUGCAGGGCUCCAGGUUCCUCCAGGACCUGCUUCCUCCGCGCAGCAGCGUCGCAGCCAUGAUCCUGGACACGGUCAACAACAGUGUGUUUGGCUGGGACCAUGUGAUCCAGGGACUGGUUCAGUUGGGGUUCAUCCUGAUGGACGCUUUUGGCCCCAAAGCCGGCCCAUUUGGGAAGACCUCGGAGGGGGUCCCGACCACUGCCAAGACCCCCUCCCAACUGUCCUGUCGGCUGGGGGGGCAGGUUCUCCUGGAGGGCUUCAAGAUACAUGAGCCAAUCAGAGGCGAGAUACUGGAGCAAGUCCUGAACCGACUGGUUACGAAAACAGCCUCCCCUGUCACUCAUUUCAUAGACCUGCUCUCCGACAUGGUGGUCUCAGCUCCCAUGAUCCUCCUGGAGUCAUCCUCUAAGGUGACAGAGACGUUUGACCACCUGUCAUACCUGCCUCUGGCCACGGUGCAAGGCCUGCUCAAGGCUGUCCAGCCCCUGCUGAAGGUCAGCAUGUCCAUGAAGGAUGCUCUGAUCCUGGUUCUCCGCAAGGCCAUGUUCUCCAGCCAGCUGGACGGGAGGAGGUCAGCUGUGACAGGUUUCCUGUUGCUACUAAAGAACUUCCGGGUUUUGGGUAGUCUGGCCCCCAGCCAGUCCAGCCAGGCUUUCUCCUGUAGCCAGGUCCAGGUGGACGUCCACUCCCGCUACAACGCUGCCUCCAACGAAGCCUUCUGUCUUGAGAUUCUCAGCAGCCUGCGCCGCUGUCUGGGCCAGCAGGCUGAUGUUCGACUCAUGCUCUACCAGGGUUUCCAUGACGUCCUUCGACGCAACUCCCAGCUAACCAGCUCCAUCAUGCAGACCCUCCUCUCACAGCUGAGGAGGUACUACGAGCCGGAACAAGACCUCCUGCCUCCUGUGAAGCUGGAGCCGUGCAUCACCGCUCAAGGAGACCAAGUCUACCUCCAGGAGCCUCUGGCCCACCUGCUGUGCUGCACCGCCCACUGCCUGCUGUGGCAGCAGAGCGCCCGCCGCUCCGCCGAGGAGGAGGAGGACGACGAGGAGGAUGAAGAGGACGGCGGCUUUCGGUCCGAGCUGCAGAACAUCCUGGAGAGCGUGACCCGACGCAUGAUCAAGAGUGAGCUGGAGGACUUUGAGCUGGACAAGUCAGCAGAGUUCUCGCUGGCGUCCAGUGUGGGGAUGAAGAACAGCAUAUACGCCACCCUGGUGAUGGGUGUGUAUGAGGUGCUGCUAGAGUACAACUUUAUCAAGGCCAACUACAGUAAGAGCCGUUUUGAGGAGCUACUGGAGCUGUUUAAGCGGUACCUCAAGCUGACUGAGAUCCUGAAGGAGAAGUCUGGGAAGAGCCGCAGCUCUCGAAGCCAUCGCAGCCUGCUCUCCAUGACCUUCGUCUCCACCCUCCUCACGGCACUCCUCAGGGACAGCUCUCAGAGCAGAGAGGAGUCUCUCUCAGUGCUGCGCUCCAGUGGCGAGUUCCUGCGCUACGCCGUGGGCGUGGCCCUGCAGAAGACCCUGCAGCUGGAGGAGACGGGACACACGGACGGCCCGGACGGCCAGAGCGCAGACAAGAGCUUCCGCUUCCUCUGUGACACCGCCAGCGUGCUGAUGUGGCGCUACACGAACGUCCCCGGGGCGGUGGAGGAGGAGGCGGGGAGGAAAGAGCGCCGCGUCAGCGUGUCUCUGCUGUGUCUGGAGGGCCUGCUGCACGCCUUCAACACCUGCCUGCAGCGCUGCCCGCACCGGCUCCCACAGAUGCUGUCUGCCAUGGGCCAGGAGGAGGACGGCUCAGAGAACGGCACCGUCACCGAGAAAACCUUCUUCUACAUCCGUCAGUUCCAGAGGGCGCUGUUGACCCAGCUGAGCGGAGGGGAGGACGACUUCAACAGCAAGGAGGCCCAGCUUCUUGUCAGCAUCCUCAGCGUGCUGUCUCGCCAGCUGGAGCCCUCCUCUCCACAGUUUGUUCAGAUGCUAACCUGGGCGGUUAAGGUCUGCAAGGAGACUAGCUUUGAGGACGUGGGGUUCAGCCGGGGCCUGCUGUCUCUGCUCUUCAGCCUGCACGUGCUCCAUAAGAGCCCGGUUAGCCUGCUGUGGGAGCUCUGCCAGGACCUGCACAGUCAGCUGGGAGACAUCGACCAGGACGUGGAGGUGGAGAAACAGUGUCACUUCUCCCUGGUCAACGUGAAGACGGCCAGCUCCACCACGCUGCUGGUGCUAGCCCAGAUGGGUGGGGUUCUGGAUGAGGUGGACUGGCUGAUCUCCAAGAGGAAGGUUCAGCUGGGCACAGACAAGCUCAGCUCUGCAGGGCCCAGCCAGGCCGCAGGGCAGCAGGACCCAGUGGAGAAGGCGGUGACCAUGCAGCUGGGCACCCUCCUGACAGCCCUGAACGAGCUGGUCCAGACCGCCCUGCCAGCCGGGCCCUGCACUGACACCUUGCUGAGGGAGCUGGGCCGGGCCUAUGGUCUGCUCACCGGCCUCGUCAAAUACUAUGUGCAGCUGUGCUCCGCCCCGCACGGCCUGCUGCCGGCACGCAUGGAGAAACUGGUCAAGCUGUCCGGCUCCCACUUGACCCCUCAGUGCUACUCCUUCAUCACCUACGUACAGAGUGGAGAGCUGAGUGGGGGAGACGACCCCAAGAAGAGGAGGAAGGAGAAGGAGGGGUCCACAGCGGCCGCUUCUGCCAAGCUUCUGCGAGAAACCAAGGCCAUUCCGAACCUGAUCUUCAGCAUCGAGCAGUAUGAGAAGUACCUCAUCACCCUCUCCAAGAAGUCUAAGGUGAACCUGAUGCAGUACAUGAAGCUGAGCACGUCUAGAGACUUCCGCAUCAACGCUGCCACUCUGGAGACGGCCCUGCAGGAGCAGGAUCACAGCCAGCAGUCAACAGUGUCCCAGGAGCCUGAGGAGAGCCAGGAGCCGCAGAAGAAGAGAAGGAAGAAGUGAUGGAAGUGCGCUCGGCCGUGGAGGACCAUGGUUUCCCACACUGCACCACUCCACAGGAAGCAGACUGUCAUGU